CAGCAACAAAAAUUAGAAGACCAUUUUUACCUUCCUGACAGGAGAAAUUUUGUUACAGCUGAAGGUCUGCACAAUGACACAAAUUGGAGUGAAAAAGAAAUUUACACUGUUUUACUUUCCAACAUCCUUUUCAUCUCAAAAGGUUCUUCUAGCAUUCUAUGAAAAAGAGGUACCAUUUAAACCAAAGCUGGUCAGUCUGUUUUCUGGACAACACAAUGCUCCUUGGUAUGUAAAAUUAAACCCAGAAGGUGUCCAUGUACCAGUCCUACAAGAUGAAGAGAACAUCAUUACAGAACCAGACAAGAUUAUCAAGUAUAUUGAUACAGCCUAUCCAGCUGAAGGUCCAUUAUUGGUUCCUGGUGGUGAAUCUGAAUUAGGAAAAAAAGUAGCCUCACUUCAGAGAAAAUUAGACAGCGUUCAAAUGGAUAUAAUAACGUAUGGUAUAAUAUAUCAUCCACAUUUGUCAGAGUCUGGUUGUCAGAUCCCUGGAGCUACACAGAGGAGUAUGAGAGAAAAUUUUGCUAAGAGAUUGCGAGUUUUAACCCAUCUAGCUGCUAAACACCCAGCUUUACGAGACGCCUACCUCACCAAAAGUCAGACCGCGGCACAGAAGUUUGAUAUAAUCACAGACGCAGUGCAGGUUCAACAACACUUAGAAGACCUCAAAGUAAUAAUGGAAGAAGUAGAAACACAACUUAAAACAAUAAAAGAAUCAAAUAAUACCUUUGAAGAUGACCUGUGGCUCUUUGGACCCAUGUAUACUGCUGCAGACAUUAGCCUUACAGUUUUACUUAUUAGAUUCACAUUACUUGGGAUGGACACACUUUACUUUCCUAGUAAAACAUGUCCUUAUACUCACAAUUAUUUUAAGCAAGUUCAAAAACGAUCAUCUUAUGUUAAAUUACAGAAAGAAAUUUCUAAUCUACGUUUGACCUUGUUAUGGGAGAAUUUUAAAAUGGCUUCACCUUACAUUGGCAGUUUAGCCGGUGCAUGUGUUAUGGGUGGUGUUAUAUAUUGGCUAUAUAAUAAAUAUAAAUGAUUAUAGAUUUUAAUUAAGUGUUGUAACCAAAGAUCAAGGUCACCAAAUGUUGUCAUUAUUUAUUCAUUAUAAUGAGGCGUUCAAUAACAGGACAUAGUUGGAGAGACAUAUUCAAUACAUUGUAGUAGUUAUAAAAUUCAAUAAUUUUAUGUUUGUUCGGAUAAUUUCAUAUAUUGAUGAUCUGAAUUCAAUUUAAAUGAUUUUCAAAAUAAAUAACAAGAAACACUUUAAUAGGCA